AUGUCGCUUUGGGAUCCCGAGGCAGCCGGUAGUGCCGCUCAAUGGCUCCGACUUCCCGAUACCACUAUGUUGGAGAUCCGAAACCAGCCCUUUGAGGGUGGCAAGCAGGUCUGGGUCCCUUUCUCUGAGACUGGUUACGUCAAGGGUCUCGUCAUCGGUAAGGGUGACAAGCCCGGAACCACCAAGGUCCGACGAUUGAAUGAUAACAAGGAGAAGGACUUUAAAGACGAGCAGGUUGAAAAGCAAAACCCUCCAAAGUACGAGUUGCUCGAGGAUUUGGCCAACAUGACCUACCUCUCUGAGGCUGCUGUGGUCUACAACUUGGACGAGCGAUACAAGAAGUUCAUGAUCUACACCUACUCCGGUCUCUUUUGUAUCACUGUCAACCCCUACAAGUGGCUCUCCGUCUACGACAACCACGUCGUCGGUUGCUACAAGGGCAAGAGAAAGUCUGAAAUGCCUCCCCAUAUUUUCUCCAUCUCCGAUAACGCCUACAACGAUAUGUUGCGAGAACGACAUAACCAGUCCAUGUUGAUCACCGGCGAGUCCGGAGCUGGUAAAACUGUCAAUACCAAGCGAGUCAUCCAGUACUUCGCCGUUGUCGCCGCCCUUGGAUCUGGAGACAAGCUCUUCCAGCAGCAUUUGGGUAAGAACGACAAGAUCGGCAAGCCCAACCCCAAGAACCACAAGAACGCUGACGUCCCUGCUCCUCACUUUGAGCUUUACCACUACGCCGGUACUGUCGGUUACAACGUCACUGAUUGGCUUCUCAAGAACAAGGAUCCUCUCAACCCUUCUGUCGUCGGUCUCUUUAAGAAAUCUUCCAACAAGUGUAUCCUCGCUCAGUGGGACUCAUACGUUUCUGCUGAAGAAGCCGCCGAAGCUGCCAAAAAGGGUGGCGGAGGAAAAGGUGGAAAGCGGCAAAAGGGUGGUUCUUUCCAGACUGUCUCCGGUCUUCACCGAGAAUCCCUUGGUCGACUCAUGUCAAACCUUCGAUCUACUCAGCCCCAUUUUGUCCGCUGCAUUGUCCCCAACGAAAUCAAAAAGCCCGGCCACAUGGACUGGAAUCUUGUUCUCCAUCAGCUUCGAUGUAACGGUGUGUUGGAAGGUAUCCGUAUUUGCCGAAAGGGUUUCCCUUCUCGAGUCCAGUACGAAGAAUUUGCCAAGCGAUAUGUCAUUCUUCACGCUGAAGCAAAGAAGGACCAGGAGUUCUGUGACUGGAAAGCCAUGUCUAAGGAAAUUUGUACUGGAAUCGCUCUUUCCGACCAGAAGCAUAAGUUCGGCCACACUAAACUUUUCUUCAAAGCUGGUGUUAUUGGUGAUCUCGAAGACGAGCGUGAUGAAAAAAUUGCUGCCAUUCUCACUUCUCUCCAGUCUUACAUGCGAUACCGACUUGCUGAGCGAACUUACGCUGAGAUGAUCAAGCGACGAGAUUCGAUCGAAAUCAUCCAGGGUAAUAUCCGAGCCUUCCAGUACUUGAAGGACUGGGAAUGGAUGAAGAUCAUCUACAAAAUCAAGCCUCUUAUCUCCCAAGCCGAAGAGGGCAAGAAGAUGCAGGAGCUUGAAAAGAACUAUGAUGAGGUCAAAAAGCAGCUCGAGAAGGAGAAAAAGCGACGAGCUGAGCUCGAGGAGCAGUCUGUUGCUCUCGAACAGGAGCGAAAUGAACUGACCCAAAAGGCUGAGACUCAAAACGCUCUCCUUGAUGACGCUGAGGGUCGAUGCGAAGAACUCAUUGCUGCUAAGAUCGAGCUUGAUGCAAAGAUCCGAGAUCUCCAGGAGAAACUUGAAGAUGAGGAAGAAAUGAACAACGAGCUUGUUGCUAAGAAACGAAAGCUCGAAGAUGAAUCUUCCGAACUUAAGAAGGAUAUUGAUGAUCUUGAGCUGACUCUUGCCAAGAUUGAAAAAGAAAAGCACGCAACUGAGAACAAGUCCAAGAACGUUACCGAGGAACUUGCUUCUGUUAGCGAGGCCAUUCACAAGCUUGAAAAGGAGAAGAAAGCUCUUCAAGAAGCUCACAAGCAGACUCUUGGAGAUCUUCAAAAUGAGGAAGAAAAGGUCGUCAAUCUCACCAAGUCCAAGGGCAAACUCGAACAGCAGGUCGAUGAUCUUGAAAUCGGCCUCGAAGCUGAGAAAAAGUCUCGAAUGGACCUUGAACGAGCCAAGAGAAAGCUUGAAGGCGACAUUCGACUCUCUCAAGAACAGAUUAUGGAUCUUGAAAAUGACAAGGCUGGUCAGGAAGAAGCCUUGAAGAAGUCUGAAUUUGAUUUCUCCCAGCUCAACGCGAAGCUUGAGGAUGAGCAGGCUAUGGCCGCUCAGCUCCAGAAAAAAAUCAAGGAGCUCCAGGGUCGAACCGAAGAAGUCGAAGAAGAGCUCGAAUCUGAGCGAGGUGGACGAGCUCGAUCUGAAAAGACUCGAGGAGAUCUUUCCAGAGAACUUGAGGAGCUCGCUGAGCGACUUGAAGAAGCUGGAUCCAACACUCAAGCUCAGAUCGAAAUUGCCAAGCGACGAGACGCUGAAGCCGCCAAGGUUCGACGAGAACUUGAGGAAGCCACUCUUAACCACGAAUCAUCUCUUUCUAAUAUCCGAAAGAAGCAGGGUGAUCAGACCACCUCUCUCGGCGAGCAGAUUGAAAAUCUUAACCGAAUCAAGCAGAAGCUCGAAAAGGAAAAGUCCGAAGCAAAGAUGGAAGUCGAUGAGCUCCACGUCAAUGUUGAGUCUCUCACCAAAUCUAAGCUUAACUACGAAAAGCAGACUCGCAACCUUGAGGAUAACAUCGCUGACCUCAAGAUGAAACUUGAAGAAGGCGCCGUCGUACUUUCCGACUCCAACAACGAUAACAAUCGAAUCCAGAUGGAGAUCAACGACUAUCGUCGACAUAUUGAAGAGAAGGACACUGUUAACACUCAGCUUGUUCGAAACAAGAACUCCCUCUCUCAAACUCACGAUGAGCUCAAGCGACAGCACGAUGAAGAGUCCAAGUCUAAGAACUCGCUCUCUCACCAACUUCAGUCUCAGCGACACGACACUGAUAUGCUCCGAGAACAGAUGGAGGAAGAGCAGGAGUCCAAGCAAGAACUUCAGCGAAAUCUCAGCAAGUCUAACAACGAGUGCGUCCAGUGGCGAAACAAGUACGAGACUGAUGCUAUUCAGCGAACUGAAGAACUUGAGGAAGCUAAGAAGAAGCUCGUCGCUCGACUUCAGGAAUCUGAAGAGCAGGUCGAAGCCGCUCAAGGCCGAUGCGGAUCUCUCGAAAAGACCAAGACCCGACUCCAGGGUGAAGUUGAAGAUCUCUCCGCCGAUCUUGAACGAUCAAACGCCGCUGCAUCUCAGCUUGACAAGAAGCAGCGAAACUUCGAUAAGCUCCUUGCAGAAGCUAAACAGAAGCAAGAAGAAGCCCAGGUCGAACUUGAGCUUGCUCAAAAAGAAGUGCGAAACCAGCAGACUGAACUCUUCAAGCUCAAGAAUUCUACUGAAGAGACUGUUGAGAACCUUGAAGCUAUCCGACGAGAAAACAAGAAUCUCGCUGAAGAGGCUCAGGAGCUUGUCGACCAGCUCCAAGAAGGAUCCAAGACUAUUCAUGAGCUUGAGAAGACUAAGCGAAUGGCUGACCAGGAGCGAGCGGACAUCCAGUCCUCUCUUGAAGAAGCCGAGGCCGCCAUUGAGUCCGAAGAAGCCAAGACUCUCCGAGUCCAGGUUGAACUUCAGCAGCUCAAGCAGGAAAUCGAUCGACGAUUGGCUGAGAAGGACGAAGAAAUCGACAACGCUCGACGAAAUGCCUCACGAUCUGUUGAGCAGAUCCAAGCUUCUCUCGACAAUGAGAUGCGAGCUCGAGGUGAAGCCAUCCGAUCCCGAAAGAAGAUGGAAUCCGAUCUUAAUGACCUCGAGGUCAACAUGGCUACAUCCUCCCGACAGGCUCAGGAUGCCCAGAAGAACACCAAGGAUCUCCUCCUUCAGCUCAAGGACUUGAACCAGAGACUUGAUGAUUCUCAGCGACAGACUGAAGAUCUUCGAGAACAAUCUGCUGUCUCUGAGCGACGAGUUGGCCUUAUGACCUCUGAAAUUGAAGAGCUCCGACAGGGACUCGAGCAGGCCGAGCGAACCCGAAAACAGGCCGAAAACGACCUCAUGGAGGCUAACGAGCGAUCUAACAUGCUCCACACCCAAAACGGCGCUUUCAUCAACCAGAAGCGAAAGAUCGAGGGUGAGCUCAACGCUGUCAAGACCGAAGUCGAAGAAGCCAUUGGUGAGGCUCGAUCUGCUGAGGAUGCUGCUAAGAAGGCCCUCACUACCGCCGCCCUUCUCUCUGAAGACCUAAAGAAGGAGCAGGACCAGUCCCAGCAUCUUGAGCGUAUGAAGAAGAACCAGGAGAACUCCCUUCGAGAUCUCCAGAUGCGACUUGACGAAGCUGAACAGGUCGCUCUUAAGGGUGGUAAGAAGGCCGUCCAGAAGCUCGAGACCAAGUGCAGAGAAAUCGAAAUGGAACUCGAGAGCGAGCAGCGACGAACUAGCGACAACACCAAGGUCAUGCGAAAGCUCGAGCGUAAAUACAAGGAAGCCAACUACGCGAACGAUGAAGACAAGAAGAACCUUGUCCGACUUUCUGACAGCAUCGACAAGCUCAACUCCAAGGUCAAGUCCUACAAGAAGGCCGCUGAAGACGCCACUGAAUCUGCUUCUUCCGCCAUGUCCCGAUUCCGAAAGGUCCAGCACGAACUUGACGAAGCUAACGAGCGAGCUGAAAUGGCUGAAGCCGCUGUUAACAAGGCUCGAUCAAAGGCUCUUGAGAGCAAGUAA